UCUCUUUUCGCCAUAAUCGAGCUUCAAGCCAAAGCCUUUAAUUCACACCUUCUCACACUCGUUCCGCAGACCUCUAUCACAAUGUCCAAGACUCUUCUCUCCGUUGCCCUCCUCACCGGAGCCGCUCUCGCCCUGCCGGCCGUCGAAGUCGUCCAAGUCCGCCAGAUCGAGAAGCGCCAGGACUCCUCCGCCGACCUCAGCGCCCAGUUCCCUACGGACAUCAACCUGAGCGACCUCGCGUCUCUCCUCCCCACCGACGUGCCCAUUCCCACCGAUAUCGCCAUCCCCACCGACCUCGACCUCUCUUCUAUCCUCGACGGCAUCGCGACCCUGCUCCCCUCGGGCUGCCAGAUUCCCUCCGCCUUCGCCUCUGUCCCCACACCCCCGGCUGAUGUCCAGUCCGCGAUCCUCUCCUACACCGACGUCUGCCACGAGCCCUCCUUCACCGGCUCCCUCGGCGCCCAUUACACUAGCUACCUCUCUGAGGCCGAGGCCUGGGCGUCUUCCAACGGCCCCGCCUUCUCCAGCUGGGCGUCUGAAUUCGCCACCGCGUGCCCCUACGCCAGCGGCAUCGCGACGGACGAGGCGGGUCUCAGCUCCCUGCUUGGUAGCUACUCCGUCACCAUCCCCAGCUGCACCGGCGCGUCUGCGACGGGCGCGAAGCAGACAGGAAGCAACUCGGCGAAGCAGACUGGCUCCGCUACGACUGGUGCUGCCUCUGGUACCGCUGGAUCUAAGGAAUCUGGUUCUUCCAGCGCUACCCAGGGCAAUAACAACACCGGCGCUGCGCCCCAGCAGACUGCCUUUGCGGCUGUCGCUGGUGUUGUUGCCGGUUUCGCGGGUGUGGUAGCGUACUUGUAAGCACUGCGCAAUGUAGUGCAUGGGCAAAUGGUGCUGGUGGUUCAAAAGUGGAUCAUGUUGGUGGGGUCAUGGGCACGGAUGGUGUCGAUGGAGAUAUUGAAGCUUUGCGUGUUCGCAGAGCUGCCACUGCUGUUAGCAGCAGCUAUAUCUAUUCCGUAGAUACAGACACUAUCGAUAGUAGCGCUGCGAACACCCUGAACUCCGCUAUCUAUACCAACACCAUCUAUAUCUGGAGUACCACCAGAUGUGGUUUUGAAUCCCAAAAGGGACGGAAUGGGCUUCAGAGAAGCUCAAUUGACAUAUAUCCAUAGUAGACUAAUAUACGCCUUCGUCAUUACCUCAGUCCCAUCUUUCCUUGAUUAACUCUGAUUGCGUG